CGAGUACUAGGGGGACUACUAGCGGGACUAGUGCCGGGGACCAGCGCGGGCAAGCGGCGGGGACUUGUGAAGUCCCGAGGAAAAAUUAUGGCGCGCCAUGAGGUGCAAGUAAUUAAAGCAAGGUGUACCGUCAGGAUCAAGGAUCUUGACGGCAAACAAUAUUAGCACCACUAGCGUGAGCACUAGUGGGAGCAAACGGGAAGGCAAAAAUAUCAUUGCCCAGAAUGUUGAGCGUUUGGCCCGGGUACAGGGAGAACAAUAUGAGUUUAGUAGAAGUCAGGAUAUGGCCGUGCGCUCAAUGCGGAUGGGAUUUCGGGAUUUUGCCCGCGAACUGGUAGGCGCAGUCGGGUCCGAGGUGAAUUAUCGCCUCGAGAAAACAGAACGAUUCUGCAUUGGCGCCAUUGAGGGCGUCAAGCUGACGGCUCCCAAGGAGGAAGAGGCACGUCCUCGCAGGGAGCCGGUCGAAGUUAAGUUCCCCGAUUCCUACAAUGGAAAGAGGGAAGAGAACUUUGACAAUUGGGAGGCCAACGUCAAGACCUAUGUGCAUUUGCAGCAGGUCUCCCCGGAUCAGCACGUGUUGAUUGCAAUUCAUGCACUUAGAGAUGAGGCUGCCAGUUUCGCAAGAUCCCUAGUCCACGCUGCUAACUGCAAUGAUGACGCAGUUGCUUAUUCGUCGUUCACCCCCCUCAUCGAUUUUAUGAGACUGUUGCGGGAGCGAUUUGCUGAUGUCGCUCGUAGUGUCAAGGCCUCAGAUAGGCUUCAGACAAUCCACUCUUGUAAAUGGAAGAGUGCUAGGGCCCUCAAGGGCACAAUGGACGAAUUAGUGGCUGUACCUGACCACGGGGUCACUGAGACCCAAUUGGUCGGCCUCUUCUAUCGGGCUAUGCCCGAAGCCUUUCGAGGGCAUUUCUUCGCAAAGAGCAAAGACCCUGCCACCACUUAUGAUUCCCUUAGCCGUGAAGUGGUGGCUUUUGAGGCAAAGUCUGUGUCACUUUCUACCUUCUGGCACAAAGACCUAGACAAAGGAAAGCAAUGGAAAGGUCGCACUAUCUCAGGGCAAGUUAAGACUAAGGAUAGUCUUGUCCUCACUUUAGAUGAAGGUAGUGUUGACGAGAUCCCCUACGAGCAGAUUGAGUGGGGGUUAGAGGACGAUGGCAGUAGUAGUAGUCAGAGGAGGACCUAUGUUGCUGUUGCGGUUGGAGGGAGGCCGCAAGGAGGAGGACGAGGCCAGGGCCAAGGGGGCCGGGCCUCAGGGAACCGUUCUCAGGGCGAUCAGGGGGUUGGCGGCAGAGGAGGAAACCGCCAAGCGGGAGGAAGGGGUCAAGGUCCCCCGUAAAACCGGUCUGGGAAUAGGUCCCUGUACAGAAGAAGUGGUUGGCACCCAGGGCUGCCUCAAGGCAGGCCUUGGGAAGAUUUGGGUCUGGACCAACGCUUAUGGCAACAGCGUGU